AUGAACUGCGCUCGUGUGCUUUUCAGUGACUUUGAUUAUCCAGUAUUACUCACUAUCAAUUUUGAUCCAAUGGCGGACUUGAUGAAUCCCGAGAAGGGCUCCGCCCGAACUCCCCAAAUGUCCCGGGGUAGCAAGCAGAAGAGAUACCGAUUCUUUGUCAAUCUGUGUGUUGCUUUUCUGAUUGUCAUAUGUGCAAUCCCCGUCAUGUUUGGCAUGGGUGUUGUUGGCGCAAUCUAUGCCAACAUCCAUUUAGGUUAUCUGGGAAACGACAAUGCCGAUGUUCCUUCAAGUGGUCAGGCGCACAACAUUGCUCGCCAUCUCGAGAGCACCGGUGGUUCAUACCCUAUCUCGACCAAGACGGCUCUAUCUACAAUCUAUGGUGUCAGCUACACCUCGAAUGCUGAUGUGGUCACCGAGGUUGCAACCGUUACUGGAACCCGCUAUGUCACUGUGCCCGGUGAAGCCCUGUCCGUUUCUGUCACCACACGGGAGAGCACUAUCGAGUACUGUGAGGUUCAGAUCGUUACCAUGACCGAGAGCUACACGGUCACUGUACCUAACGACAAGGUCUCCCAGGGCUCCUCGGGUAAUGCUGUUGGAGCCACCGUGACCGGCAACCCAGAGACUGUGACCGAGAAUGAGACUGAUUUCUCUCUCACCAGUGGUCCAUCCGAUGCAAUUGUCACCGGUAACCCAGAGACUGUAACCGAAAAUGAAACAGAUUUCUCUCUCACCAGUGGUCCAUCCGAUGCAAUUGUCACCGGCAACCCACAGACUGUGACUGAGAGCAAAACCGACUUUUCUCUCACUGUUGGUUCAUCCGAUGCCCUCACCAGCUCCAGUGCUGAGACCACCACGGAUACUUUCGAGCUAUCUUCCAUUCUCCCCAAACCGCACACAACUAUUACCAUUCAAAGUCUCUAUCCACCUCGGGAAGGCCUGGGCACUGUCACCCAGUACACUACCGUUGAGAAGACCAUCACAGCUCCCGACUCAUUCAUCACUGUCACUUUGACUAGCAAAUGCCCCGAAUAUUCACCCACCAUGUCCGCUUCUCCUACCAGUAGCACCACAACGACUGUUUACGAAACUGCUGGUGUGCCCUCAACUUCUACAACAACUAUCAUGGUUCCGCCUCCUGCUUACCCGCCUUACCCAACCGCCAACAAUACCUUACUUCCAGGUCCAUCUGGUAGCGUUACUGUUGUGCCUACUGUGCCUACUCCGACUCCUGUUGUCGUCUCAGGAGGCACCAAGAAGCCCGAGCCUCGUGGGUGGGGAGGUACCAGCGGAACCACCAAUCUUAGCUGCACCGUCAUGCUGGUGGCCAUUAUCAUGUUUGCGCUCUGAGCUUUGACGUGGUUAUUGGCGCAUAUGCUGCCCUUUUGAGAAAACGUGGUCAAGAAAAGGAAUGGCAAGAAAGCACUUGCAAGAUGUGCAAGGGCCAUGUCAGGAGAAUUGGAGUUUCCGCGGUCAGAAUUGGCAUUGGACUUGGUAUCCAAACUGGAAAUGGAAUUGAGAUGAUCUGUAAAUCCACUCUUGGCUUGUGCUAUGCUGCGUACCUAGGUAAUGAAUAAGGGGACGCCGGGAACUAGGUCUAGUUUAAAAAGUUCAAUAUCGCAGCACGGGUACUAUUAAUUUCGGCACCG